UGGUCAACUACCUUCGCUGACCAGCCUUGCGUCGCCUGCCUCCAGCCUUUGAUUUCUACUCUUGCAGGCAAAGUCGCUCCUCACCAUCUACCAUUAUGGAUCAGGCCUCUUGCCAACGGCAACCACUGCCUGUCAGCGCCUCACACAGCCAGGCUCUACCUUCCAUUGCCUCCCUGACCAGUAACCUACCUUCGACUGAGCAGAGCCCAGUUCGUCACAGGCCACAAUCAGAAGCUCGGGAAGCUCGCGACUCUGGUAAUUGGUCCAUUUCUCAAGGCCCCAGCAAGCACUCAUCUACAGUCUCCAACAGCACCAUGGGCCUGCAGCUACAGACGAUCCUCAACACCGAAGACUCGCCCUCGCGUAGCUCAGUUGUUGACACGCCGUCUUCGUCCAGAUAUUCAUCCGGUUUGCAUCAGCAAACCGCUCUUCCCCCGCUCAAUCCAGGGUUUGACCAUAGGCACAGCUUGGACGUGGGCUCACAUUUCGACUCUCGACGUAGCAGUGUGGACAGUCGUAUGAAUGUAGGAAUGAACCACCUUGCCAUCAGCCCGUGUUCGCCGUAUGAUAGCCAAAAUGCGUCUCGAUCCUCGCUCGUCUCCAAUCUCCAACAGCAGCGAGGAAUCACGAACCCUGAUCCACGCCUCAGCAUCGCCUCUCCGUUAUCGCCUAUGGGCCGAAAUGGGUCACGUGCGGUCCCUCCCCCUCGAAGAGCCCCCAUCAUCAACCCAAAUCCCCGAAGCGUAUCGGGUAUGCCAGAUCCAAUGGCUGCUGCUCCAACGAAAGGUUUUCCCUGGGCGUUCCCAGCUGAAUUCGAACCCGAGGAUAGGAGGGCAUCGAGUAGUGGUGAGUCAAGCGUGGAACAGUCAACUGUCCCAUCACGCCAGAAUAGUUUUGCUGCAUCCAUCAACAGCAGCAUCUUCACUAUAGACUCAACUCAUCCUAGUCAAAAACGAUUAGAUGACAUACCUACAACACAUCAUCACUCAAUGCAGCCUCGCAGCAUCACGAGUUUACAAAAUGCCGCUCUCGCAGACGCCACUUCUCCUGGAGGGAACUACAGUCGUACUCCGGAGCUUCGCGUUAGCCACAAAAUGGCCGAGAGAAAGCGGAGAAGCGAGAUGAAGAAUUUGUUUGAUGACCUGAAUAACAUUCUGCCAAACUCACCUGGAAGUAAAUCCAGCAAAUGGGAGAUCCUCACACAGUCCAUUGAUUACAUCAAAAAUCUUAGCAGAUCACACGACCUUGCCCGUGCUGAAAUUACUCGGCUACGGCCAGAAGCUGAAUACUGUCGACGGGCUCAGGAGGAGAACGAACGGUUGCGUAACGAGUUGGCGUCUGUUUGGACCGCUCUCCGUCGUUCUGAUCCUGGCAAUUCGCAUGUGUAUGGAAGCAUGACGGGCGUGCUUGCACAACAACAUGCCAGCACACCUGGAUCUGCUAGCAACGUGCUCCCUCCCCUACAGCAACAACAACACGCACAAUCACAGCAACAACAAUCACAUCCUCCCCCUCAUUGGGGUGCUCCUGCGUCUACGGCAAUGCAAGGCGUUGAGUAUGGUGGAGUCCGAUCCUUCGAACAUCCACAUCGUUGAACGACAGGAUUGCUGCAUCAUUAAUUCGCGAUGGCGCUUUAUCUGUUUCCCUUGUACAGUACCACUUCGAACAUGUCACCCUUCACCGGUGUUGUCGCACACAACCUCGACCUCAAAAUCGAUUGGUGGCGCUAAUACAUCUUUGCCGCCGUUGCACCUGCUCAUGUUUUCUUGCGCGGCCAUU